GGCUAAGGUGAUUCCUAGAGCUGUCCCGAGAUGCCUCCUCUGCUCCCGGGGCUGGGAUUCCUCCUCCUGCUGGGGUGGCAGGGAGCCGCUGCUGGGACACAGCUGUGCUCCAGCUCCCCCGUCAAUGAAUCUGCCCUGUGUGCCUCGGUGCAGAGUGCCAGCCAGGAGCAGUUCCUGGAGGUGGCCCGAGGCCAAAGGUCCCCGUGCAGCCUCACCUUUGGCCAACUCGCCUGUGCCCAGGAAUCUUGGCUCCAGGACCUUCAGGAUGAUUUCCUCACGUCCUUAUAUUCCUGCCUGGCCUCUAAACCCACCACAGCUGUGGAUCCAGAAUAUUCCAUCCUGUUCUUUUCCAAAUACGAUGCCAGGAAGCUUUUGGCCUCCCUGACCGCCUUCAGCCAGCAGUUCUCCCAGGUGCCCCUUUCCCUGGAGUGGAGCCUGAUUCUCAUGAAUGGCCUGUGGGAGAGGCUGCUCCGAGUUCCUGGAAUUGGGACCCCCCCGGUGCUGCUCCAGUGGCUCCGCGAGGGACUUGAGCCAUUCCUGGUGGAGCCCCGGGUCUUCGGCUGCCUCCGUGCCAAGGAUGUGUCCUGCGAGGAAUUCCGGCAGCUAGUGGCUGCCCUGGAUGGAAUCUAUUCCCAGCUCCCCGUGGAGGAGCAGAGGAAUCUUUACGCUGGGAUCAAGCACUUCCUCACCCAGGAUGAAUCCAGCCAGAAAUGCUACAGCGAGGCCAUUCCCAGCCUGAAUUCCACUGCCUGGUUCCGGAAUUACCUGGGAUCCUUCCUGGAGCACGCCACUGUGGAGGACCUGCAGCUUUUUGGGGAUGAGCCGACACUUCAAAAAUUUGCCAGGGAUCCGGUGAAUAUGGAGAUGGUUGGGAACCUCACCUUGCUCAGGGAGACUGCUCUGUACUACACCCUCCUCCUGACCUCUGCUCCUGCUUUUCCACUCUCAAGCCUCCCCGACAGAUUGAUUUGUUACCUGAGCCCCAGGGCAGUGGGAAACCUGAGCAGGGAGGAGGCUUUGGGAGUAGCCCAGAGGCUCGGGAAGAGCUGUCCCUGGAGCAAGGGAACGCCUGGAGGGAGAGUUCCCUCCUCCCUGGCAUCGCAGGAACUACAGGUCGCCUCCUCCCUGCUGAGGGAUUGGGAGGAUUUCUCCCCAGCGGUGCUGGGAGCCUUGGGCCAGGCUGCCCUGGGGCUCUCGGUGUCCAGCAUCCAGGAGAAGAUCCCUGAGGAGCAGCUGGAGGCGGCUCUGCCAGCCCUGGGCAGCGUCCGUGGCUGGAGCGCUGAGCAGUCCAGGGCUCUCGUCAGCAAACUGCUCCGCUCGGGCUACCAGAUCCUGGAUGGACAGAGCCUGGCAGAGCUGGGGACUUUGGUGGGUGGCCUCAACAGCAGCACGCUCUGGAGUCUGUCCCCAGAAGUUGUCCUGGAGGCCAUCCAGCUGCCAGGCUUCGCCCAGAGCGUGGACUCCCUGCCCUCUGCUCUGAAAAGGACCCUGGUGGAAAAGGUUUCCUCCAGGGCUGACCGCCCCACUGAGCUGGUUAAGCUCAUUCCCAAUGCUCUGGCCAGCUACAUCCCCAAAUCCCUGCUUGUUUUUGGGGAAGAGGAGCCAGACGUGCAGGAUCUCAACGAUAAACCGUGGACCAGAGACCAGGCUGCCAUGUUUUUCGCGGAUGUGGUGAAGGCGGAGCCUGACUUCAGCAGGCUCUCCCAGUCUGUCCUCCAGGGCUUCACCUGCGCAGCCGCCGGCGCCGUGGGAGCAGAAAGGUUCCAGGAGCUGGCCAAAGCCAUGAGGAAGAGGAAGGUCAGGCUGGGACAGGACCAGCUGAGCUGCCUGCUGAAGAUGGUGACCCUGCACGGGAUUCCCAAGGAUUUGGACAGUUAUCCCAAAGAACUGCUGCUGUUUUUAAGCCCCUCAGACUACGCAGCCACGGGGAGCUGCAGGCAGUUCUUUGCCAACGUUGGGAGGGCAAACGUGGAUGUUCUGCCCAGAGAGGCCCCUCAGAGGCAGCGGCUGCUCCGGGAGGCUCUGGAGUGUCUGAAAAUCCCUGGCACACAAGUAAGCGAGGAGAGCGCUGAGGUUCUGGGCCGGCUGCUGUGUGACCUGGGUGGGGACCACAUCAGGAGCUCGGGGGGGAGGCUGCUGGAGGCUUUGAGCCACUGUGGAUCUUUCCUGCCUGAGCAAGAAGAGGCCAUCAGGGACGUCCUCAGCGCUGGCAACACCACCUUUGGGCCUCCUGCAGCGUGGUCAGCCUUCACCCUGAGCCAGCUCAGCGGGCUGAUCCCCGCGCUGGAUCACGGCGUCCUGCAGCAGAUCCCCAAGAAGGCUUUAACCACCUGGCUGAGGAACUUUGCCCGGGAUUCCCCCCUGUCCAGGGAGGAGCUGGCUGCCGUGGUGGCCGAGCUCCUGCCCCGCCGGCACAAGCGAGCGGGCGAUUGCCCAGCUGACCUGGAGAUAACAGAGGCAGUUCUGAACGAUGACCUGAUGCCCACCUACUACACCCCCGAGGAGCUGCGCGCCUGCCUCCAGAACGUCUCCCUGGAAAAUCAUUUCUCCCACAUCUUCACCUACCCCUUCAGCAUCCCGCAGCUGGCUGUGCUGAAGGAAUACCUGUACAAGAGGUAUCCCAACGGUUUUCCCGAAAGUCUGCUGGCCAACCUGAACCCUCUCCUUCCCCUCAUCACCCCAGAGGAGAUUUCCACCUGGAGGAUGAGCUCCGCUGACACGCUGGCUGCCUUCCUGAAAAGUCAGCCCCCGGAUUCCCUGGCCUCGGCAGCAAUUAAACGCUACGUGGAGCUGGGCAAUGCCCUGAACCCCACGGCCCUGGAUGCCAUCGGCACGAGAUACGUGUGCCUGCUGAAUGCCACCGAGCUGGGGGCCAUCGACCCCCCCAGCCUCAGACUGGCAUCUCUGGAUCCUUCAGCCUGCUCACAGGAGACGAAGAACCUCUUGUACCAGAAAGCCAAAGAGGCUUUCUCUGGCCAGCACCAUUUACCUGCUUACUACGAGCUGAUUUUACCUUACCUGGGUGGAGCUCCUGCUGUGGACCUCAAGGCUCUCAGCAAGGACGACGUGAACAUGAACGUCACCACGUUUGUGACGUUGAGGAGGGAGUCUCUGAUGUACCUGACACCCCGUGAGGUCCAGGGCCUGCUGGGGAUGAACCUGCCCGAGCUGGCCCGGUGGCAGGACAGGAGCCCUGUCCGGGACUGGAUCCAGCUGCAGAGGCAGUCGGAGCUGGACCAGCUCCACGUCGGGCUCACGGGGGGCACGCAGGAGGGGUACAUCAACAUCGUCACCCCCAAAUUCCCAGCGACGUCCUCAGCCCCUCUGGGCGCCGUGGCCAUGGCAUUCCACCUCCUGCCUGCCCUGCUCCUCAGCCUCCUCGUGGUGUCCGUCUUGUCCUGACCAUCCCUUCCCAGCAGGAACCAAGGGGGACCAGCCUGAGCCCGGCUCCGAGCCCCGGCAUCAGCAGUGCCCAGAGCUCCAGGCAGCUGGAGCAGCCCAGGACUCACUGUUAGGUACUUUUGGCUUUCAAAUCACUUGGAAACAAACAAACAAACAAAAAAUUCCCUAGUUUUGUCUGAAGGGAAGAUUCCAGACUCUUUGCCUUUGGGAUGGCCCAAGCCCAGUUUAGCCCCAAAACACUGCUAAACCCAGUCUAACUGCCGGGUUUAAGGGUUGGUUCCGCAGGUUAGAACGUUUCUCAGAGCCUGACACCUCGUGACACUGCCAAGACCUCAGGCUGGGUGUGAAGUUUUCCGGCUGCUUGUAAAUAAAUCCUGGA